CCUGCGAGUUACGCGAAGUACGCUGAUUACGGCGCGCGUGGGGUGUCGUAGUAGUAGUAGUCGGGGAGGGAUGACACGCCGUCAGUGUACCGCGAGCUACGAAGGAGAAUACAGGUUGCGCGCGCGCGCGCGUCGCCUUCGCCGUCGCGUUUUGCGUCAGUGGGCGUAAUCGCGCCGCGUCGUACAUCAUCGCGGGGUUGUGCAGCGGUGGUCGUAGUGCUCGUCCUGCGACAACGACGACGGUUUACGACAACCCCUUCUGUCGCGGCGCUAUUCCGCAUCGUCGUUGGUCCUCGCGAGUGGUAGGCGAGUCGGGCCGCGCUUCAGCCCCUCGCUCGUCGGCGAUGCGAGCUCGAGACUCGCGAUAGUCGCGAACGCGGGAAAAACGGAUGCGCGUGUGUCGAGACACGAGCGGAGUGCCGAUGCGGGAUGAGCGCCAGAGAAGUCACUCUCUUCGGCGGCUCGCCAUGGGGCUUCCGGAUGCACGGCGGAUGCGACUCUCACCAACCCCUGCGCAUUUCCAGGGUAAACCCGGGAAGCAAAGCCGCUCAACAGGGGGUGAGGGAGGGCGAUCUGAUCAGUAGCAUCAACGGGAGGAGCACUCGGGAAUUGACCAACAGUGAGGCCCACGCUUUGCUACGUAACUCCGGGGAACAGCUGAAGCUUGGUCUCAAUCAAGAAAACACCGGCUCGCCCAAGAGGAGGAUCUAUAAGAGCAGCCUGCAGGAGAACACCACCACCGAAAUCCAUAACAAGAUCACGACGAGGACCACGACCACCCGCACACGCACGGAAACGGACAAGAACGUUGCCAAUGACACAAAAGUCGACCAGAGUUACGCCAAUCAAAACGGUGCUCUGAAGAGCUGUCCGAGCGAACAACGAAGCGACGUUAAGAAAGGACGUCGCGACCCGUCAGCUGGCUACGCGACCGACGCGGAGGACGCCGGGAUGCCGCAGGCAAACGCGCGUAACCGCGGCCGCGGCCGCGGCCGCAGGUACCGGAAUCGCCGGCGAGCGCAGCCACCGGUCGCGGAACCGCCGCGGAACGACGAAGCGAAUGAGAAGCAGCAGCCGGAAGACGUUCCGGACGCAGCGAGGAUCGAGCGCGACCACGACGAGGAAGACUCGAAGACGAGCGACGAUUCCGCGCCGCCGGCGAGCGAGUCGCAGAGUCGCGAGUAUCGCUUCCGGCCGGACGACAGGCGCCCGAUCGAGAAGAUCGAGCUGCACUCGUGCCGUCCGAGGAUAGUCGAGAUCACGACCGUGAGCAGCUUGCCCCUCGAGGCGACGAUCGGCCACAUCGCCGGAGUGGGCAUUCUGGAAACGGGAAUCGCCGACAAGGCUACGGCCGACUCGACGGUAGUGACGAUAUCGGAGCCAGUGGAAGCGAUACGGCCGUUUGACGAACGCGCGAGAGCGAAGCGCCGAUCGCAAGAAGCGGCCGAUGGCCAAGACGAUGACGAGUGGACGAAUCGACUGGAGAUUCGGGAGGUCAGCGACAGCGACGCGAGCGAGAUCGACUGCGAGCGACCGACGAUCGUCGAGGUCGAGUCCGACGUCGACGCCGAGAGGGAGUCGCAUGAACCUCGGGAUCUCGCCGAGCAGCGCGAGGCCCCGAAGCCGAGGAGCCAGGUGGGCCAGCAGCAAGUCUCGGCGCAGAAGAAACUGUCGAUCAAGACGGAAACUGAAUCGCCAACCUUGAUGUGGGACACGGUGAUGCCGAGAGAGGUCGAGAGGAAACUGCGGAAUUUCAUCGAAGGCCUCCAACUGCCGAGCUUCUCCGAGGAGGUUGCCGAGGAGGACGGCAAGACUCCGGAGAAGCUGCCCCGCGGGGAGGUUCCGAGCUUCUCCUCGGAGAGGGUGGCUGCCACGUCGCGCCGCAAGACGAGGAAACGCGCCGUCUCGGAGUCUCAUUUCGCCAACAGCCUGUUGGAUAUCAUACAGGAAGAAGGCGAGAGGCUGUCGGAGGACGAGGCGCAGCACAUCAGGGACUUCAUCAACGAGGAGAUCAGCAAGUAUCGGCGCGAAGACAAGCGCUCCGCCGACGAGAGGACGACGAACGGGAACGUCGCGGAGAGAGCGGACGCUCCCGAGAGGGCUGAGGCGAGCCGCGAGAAGCGCGUCUGCAGCAUCACGAUCAACAUCGACACGUCGCGAUGCGACAGCUGCGAGUCGAGCGCGGACACUGCAGCGGCUGCGACGAACGAACAGGAUAACGCGUGGACCGGUGGACCCGACGGAUCCACGGAAGUCACGACGAACGACGAGCGAACUGACCCGGGGGCUGAGAAUCCUAUCGAUGGACAGCUCGAUGUUCCGGCGGACGACGUGCUGGUGAGCGACGUUGACGGGGACGAGUUACCGAGUGCCGAGCAGAGAGACAUCGAUGGCAACGCAGACGCGGACGCAGACAAUAUCUCGGCGGCGGGAAGCAGCAACGUGAAUGACACGAAGCGGACGGGGGCCAGCGAAUCGCUCGUCAAAGUUGAAGCGGCGAGAGGAUCAGAGGUGCGCGAUGUCCCUCGACAGGAGGAUCCCAGCGAAACUCACGCGACCGGCCACGAUCGCAGCGCACUGCGAGUGGCCGAGGAGGAGGUUACUGUUCCGUCUUCCGGUCCGCGGUAUACACCCUCGCAGAACGGAGCGACCUCGCUGCGCGAGAAGCGACCGCCGCUUCCCCCGAAGAGAUCUUGCAGCUUCAGCCAUGAGCCUCAGAGGCCCCCGACGCCACCUGCGGUAGACUACGUCUCGAACGGUGCGGACAUCUGGAUCCGCAGACCGGCGGAUUCGCUCGCGCGCAAGAGCUCGCAAGUUCGCAAGCUCGAAGGGGCGGACGAGCCGGCGCGGGCGCCGCGACGACGACCGGAGCUUCGGAGAGGUGGCAGCUGCCCGGAGAGGACCGACCGGACGAAUCGCGAGGAUGAAAACGGACCUUCGAGUACCGCUCGUCUCGCCGAGACUCGCAAUGACGCGAAGCAGCUCGAGGAGCGAGCGGACACCGGCAGCUCAACGACGAACGGGAGCGUUGAGGUUUUCUGCGAAGGCGGUCCGUCGAUCGCGUCAGCGGAUAUUCGCGACGGUGAUCCGACCAAGUGCGAACGCGACGUCGGGACGCUCGGCGUCGCGCUGGCAAGCGCGACCAGCACGGAAAUAACGCGUCGCGAGGAAGGGAAGCCCGCGUCGAUCGUCGCAGCGACGGCAUAUGAGCGAAACGCUUCAUCGAGCCGGCAGGAGGGCGAGACCGAGGUGUGCGGCUGUCCUUCGGCAAAGGACGGUUCUGACGAAGGGACUUUGAAGACGAACAAGAACAAGGUCAGCAUAAUGGCUGGGCGACCGAAGGGCGAUAAGCCAGACGCCAGUCGGGCUUCCUCGAUGGGAAGCAAGCCGACAGCGAUGCUCCCGGGUCGGACGGACGCAAAGAGCCAGCGGGAGACUGGAGGAGGGGAGGAAAUCGACGAGAAAUCGACGUACCAUCGCGAGCGGACGCUGAAGCGCGAGACGUCGGAGACGAGGAUAAUCGAACGACGCGAGGAGAGCUCGAGUGUUGAGCAGCGCGAUGGUGCCCAAGGUAAUUCCAAAUAUUCGACGUGGGAGUCGAGGCGCGAGGAGAGGCGCGAGGAGAAGUACGAGGAGAAGCACGAAGAAACGCGCGGUUCCUCCGUCCGGCUGAGCGACGCGAGGAAUUCGCCCGACGGUGAAGCGAGCUUCCAGAGGACGGCCGAAGCAGCGCGCGCGGAUCCCUCGCCAGAGUCUGAGGAGCCGGCGGACCUUCAAGCGCACGACUCGUCCAGUAGCACCGCGUCCAUCAGCACCGUCAAGCAUCGGCCGAUGGAAGCCUCGCUGACCGACAUCAGCGCGGUCAUCCGGGAGACGAAGGAUAACUCUGACUCUCAGGAAGAGCCGGACGAACCAUCGAAGCGGAAACUGACCUUGCCGGGGAACAACAACAAAGGCCUCGCCGGCGACGCGUCGGGCGACAGCUCAGAGUCGCCACAGCCGGUUCCUUACUCGCCUGUGGAGGAUCUCUGCUACAUGCCGUUGGACACCGACGACGAGGACGUUUCCGCGGGAGCGCAAGGGGAAGGGUCCAAGGACGCGUCAUCGGCUGCCACGAGCGCGCAACCGUCCCCCUUGAGGGAGCUCUGCGUGCAGAAGAUCCUGUCGAUGCCGUUCGGGCCGCAGGUGAUCAGCGAGAUCACGACGCCGCGACUCAACAUCUUCGAGAGUCUGCGGACUCUGCAGAGGUUUGUGAGUAACGUGCCGAGCGCUCGUCGCGAUAACGCCCGAUUAAAACCGCAUGGAGUGAUGACUGCCCGACGGCCGCGCGAUGCGGCCGGACUAACGAAAGCAGCGAGCGCGAGCGAGCCGCCGCCUAACGACCUUGAACACGCUGUUUCAGAGCGGGCUAGGUUGUCGCCAGAGAGCGUUAAUAUUGAGACUCGUUUGUCAGAGUCCGAGGCGGCGGAGAUGGAGCGCCACUGGAGGGGUCUCUCCACGUCGGAGGAUCCCAGGCUGCUGGUCUGCCUGUCGCCGUCGCAGCAGGCCGCGUCCGUGCGCACGAGCGCCGACACGCUGCUGGACCUCCAUCGGAAGUUCCUGAAUCGGUACAGCUACCGCGAGGAACAGCCGCAGCGCGUUCCUUUGCCGCAGUACCGAGUGCAGGUCCGCCCGAUGGCGGACAAGCAGACGCAGGACGACGGUGCGCUCCCGACGAGGGCGCCCAAGCCGCCCGCGCGCGCCCUUCUUCAUCGCGACGCCUUCGGCAGACCGACGAGCAACAGGCUGCUGGAGAUCAUCAUGGAGCACUCUCCCGGCGACGACGCGAGCGUUCCACCAAACGGCACGUUCGCGCCUCGCCAUCAGUCGAAGAUAACGGACGACCCGUCUAAGGGCUCCUCGGACCGCUUGGCCACUUUCGGGGGUCGAGAGCGCCUCAAGGCCGCUCGCCCCGCCGACUGCUCGAAUCUAGCCAGAUGCGAUCGCCGAAGCGCCGCCGCGAACGAGUUAUUCCUGGCGGCGGCGAGGGGCGAGGGUGAACGCGACGAUAAGCCGGGUCACAUGGUCCGAGAUCAGUCUAGGAUUGCGACACGGUGCACCGUCGGCCAUCGGCCGGCGGCCGAUGCCGUGACAGCGGCUCGGGAUUCCCCGAGCGGAGGCUCGUUCGCGAGGAGCUCGAUCGCGCCGAACAGCGCCCUCGUCGACCGGUCGUUGCCGAACGGCGCGAUGGACACCGCCGGCAAGAGGACACCGCCUUGGCGAGCGGCCGAACCCGGCAGGCACGUGAACCCGGCGUUGAUCGACGACAAGUUGGAGGUGCCGCCGUUGCCGAAGCGUACGGUCACCGUGGACAGGUCGUGCAUCGACACCACCAGCAUCUUCGACCAGAACCCGCCGGGGAGCCGCUUGGGGCCGCGGAAGGCCCAAGGCGCCACGGAAAAGCUCCAGCACGUGGCAGCCGCGGAGAUCAUGGAGCAGCUGAAGAAGCUGCAGGCCGAGACGUCGCAGCGACGGCUGGACGGCGAGCGGAGGGGCUCCCUGCCGCAGGAGUACCUUGCGCAGCAGCUCAAGUACAUCGAGCUGUUGGAGGAGCGGCUGAAGAACGUCAUAUUGAGGGAGGAGGAACAGGAGAGGAAGACCUCCGAGGAUAAGCUGCAGACACACGCUCGCCAAACGCGGCAACGCGAUGAGGCGGCGAGGAGAUUGUUCUUCAUGGACAUCCCCGAGGAAGCCCCGAGGAAAAGCGCCUCUGUGACCUUCGCGCGCGAACGCGAGAUCCCGAUCGAGCUGUCCGACGGCACGACGAACGGCAAGUGUGUGAGAAAUGAGGGAGAUGAGCGUCGACGCGCAGCCGACGAGAAGCAUAUCACCUUCGAGACAGCUCGCCGAGAGAGGGACCAGCCGGAGGUCCAGGAGGAGAGCUGGCGAGAGAGGUCGCGGAACGUGGAGAAUGAUCGCACGGAGACGGUGGACAAAGCGGGUAGCCGGCAGUUCCGCAGGAAGAUGUACCACGAGAACGGCGUGCACGAGGAGGAGUCCUCGGAGAGUAUCCAGCGGAAGGAGUGUCGCGUGGUCAUCGGGAGGGGAAGCGUUGCGUCCAGAUCUCGCGGGGACAAGGUCGGCGAGAGUGACGCGGAGACCUUGGCGACGAAGACGCCGCGGAAGAACUCCCCCGCCAGCGCGGCUGGCGAAAACGCGACGCGCUCGAGCUCUCGCAAGAACGUCGAGGUGACGAGACCGUCGACCCCGUUGGUGACCAACGGGGAGGCGUUCCGCCAGCGGAUGUACGACGAAUAUGUGCACAAGGUGCUGGAGCGGCAGGAACGGAAGAACCACAAGGUCGUGAAGAUCAGCUCUCACGAGGACAUUCGCAAAGUGGACGGCAAGUCGAGCGGCAUGAGCGCCAUGGCGAAGGAAUUUAUCGAGAAGGCGCGCAGCCGGCUCAGCAAGUUCGGGAUCAACCUCGACGAGAGCGGGACGGAACGUGAAGAAGAUGAGGGGGAGGAGGAAGAGCGGCAAGAGGACGGCGUGGUGAUCAGAGCCAAAUGUCUGAUCGAUGGCAAGGAGCUCGAGGAUGCUCGGAAGCUGCCGAAACACCUGCGGGAGUUUCUGAAGAUUUCCACGAUGAGCGACGGAGGAGGGAGUGGCCGCGAUGUCGCUGCAAAGGGAAAAGACAGUGAGAGCGAUCUGCUGCACGAGAUUGACAAAGCUUUGAGAAUCGGCCGGGGAUUUCUACUUGAGCAAGAGAACGUUAUGUUCGCCCCCACAUUUAAAGCCUCGUCAGCUAAGCCAGGCGUUUGGUCGCCGGGGCAGACGCUACCUGCGAAGGAGCCGAGUCCCGAUCGAAGCAGGGCGCCGCCGAAGGACGAGGCGAUCCUGCCGGUCUGGACCCCGGCCAGCGCCGGCGCGAGUCCCAUCGCGGAGAGGAAGGAGUUCCGUCCGGUGCCGUUCGAGAGUCCCGUGCUGAGCCGCAGGAAGCAGCCAAAAGAAGAGGAGGCGACGCCACCUUGGGAGCACGAGAAAACAUCGAAGAAGCAGAGCUCGCAAAGCAUCUACGAGAGCAGCGCCUCGCGAAUCGUCAAUUCGCACUCCGCACCCGCCCAGGGCCUCAACAGCCUCGCGUCCACGCCGCGUUUGCCGCGCGCCCAGAAUCCGACCAUCACGUUGCUGCAGAAAGCGAGAGAAGGACAGUUGCCGAAGGGCGCGGCGUACCUGGAAGAGAACGAGUCCGCCGACAACCGUCCCCCGAGCGACGAGAGACCGUUGAUCUCUCCGGGAGAAAUACUCUACACGGUGAAGAAGGAGUACGAGAGCGAACCGGAAGUGGAAAAUGAGCCGCCCUCGAAGAGGAUGGCCGACCUCGGCCCUCGAAAGUUCGAGGGCAUCGGCCCGGUCACUAAGGAGGGUAUCCCUCUCGUCCUGAGAUCGGAAGUCAAGGAAAGCAAUCAGGCGAAAUGGUACAAGAGAAUGUACGACUCGCUGCAUCGCGCCGAUCGGAACGAUGACUACGUAACCAUCCGUUACAAACCAAGAAGAGGUGGGAGAUACGGAUACGGAAGCAGCAGCGGAUAUUUGAGCGAACCGGAACCGCGCGCAUAUUCGGAUCGAUCCGUUACCCUCGAUAGCCGCCGACGACUGCGUAACAAAGAAAAUGACUUCAUCACGGCGACUAUGCCCAGAAAAAACGGGGCGCUGAAGUACUCGGCGGAGAUUUACAAGAAUCAACCUGGCCGCAUCGAGGACUAUGAACCGGGCCACUCGUCGAUCGCCGAGAAGGAAGCCAAAGAGUGGUGGGACGAGGUCAUGGACAUAUUUGACGGGUGGCUGAACGAAAACGGACAUCCUCAGCACGCGCAGGCCAGGAUGGAGUCCCUGCGUGGCAUCCGGCAGUCUCACGUGCUCAGCCUCUCCUACCGGCCAGAGAGCAGUCACAGUCCCUUCGAUCAGCGCAACGCACGGCCUGCAAAACCGUACAUGACUCAUGCCUUGAAGGAGUCGGGCUACGAGAGCGACUCGACGCUGGUGUUUCGCCGUAGAGAAGACAUCAGUCCGCUCAGUCUUCUGGAGCAGAGACUGGCCUACAAGACGGUGCAGAGCGGUGGCGACGUACCCCUUCAUGGGCUUCGCAAGCCGGCCCCGGAACGUCCGAAGGACGACACGGAGAUCGAGUAUUUCCCGAUCUCGCCCACUUUGACAAGGAUUCGCGUACACCAGAAGAGCGGUCCGAGCAUCUCGUCGACGGUCGUCACCUCGUUCUCGAAGACGACCACGACCACGACAGUCGACUCGACGAGCUUGUCGCCACCGGUCAUGAGAACGCCUCGCACGCUCGCCGAGCGAUUCCCGUCGACCGGAAGCGCCGCGUGCCCACUCGGUAGAGCACUUCCGCAAGCUAUGUCCGCGUCGAGGCCGCCCUCGCCGCCCCGGAGGAAGUCCUCGCGCCACAACAGAACCUUGAAGCUCUACUCGGAGACGCGACUGAUCGAUAGCUCGCACUCCACCAAGCCCAGACACGAGCAGUGCUUCGCGGCCGAUAGCGUGUCGGGCAUCAGGUCGCUGCGUGAGCGUUUCUGCAGCACUCUCGAGAGGCACCGACGUGCUCGCGAGCAUUUGCACAGCGUGGUCGUGCAACGUACCUCCUCCAGCAGUCCGGUCGCCGGCAAAGCCACCAAGACGCCCGGUCUGUUCCCCGGCGCUUUCAGCAAGAGAAAGUCGGAUCCCUGCCUGUCGCAGAGCCAAUUCGAGACGAGCGCGGGGAAGAAACUGACCUUGACAGCCGGCCCGAGUGUAAGAAGUCACGCUCACUCUUCGGCAUCGCCGGCAUCGUCAUCGAGAGGUACUCGGGAGCCCUCGGCGAGGAUAGACGGUAAACGUCCGCUCGAGGACAAACUCUCGGUGGUAAAAGCGCCAUCCAAGUAUACCACCGUGACCAAAGAGGCACAGAGAUCGCCGGAAAGAAGUCAGAUUGUCACGAGGUCGGAGUCUCUGCACGGUCCGAGGAAGGAUAAGCUUCGUCUGACCAAGAGGGAGCAGGAGCAAUCGUGCAAGAGGCUCAGCAGAUUGCCGGCGGAGCUCUCCUCACCAGUGGAGGUGAGGAAAGUUCUGCAGAAGCACAAAGAGAAGGAAACGAAAGACGUGCGGACCAGAGUACUGCCCUCAGGCACGCUGGUGAAAAGCUCGACGACUCCGUACAGCUCGUUGGCGAAUAAGCAGAAGCGCGCAGCGGACAAGUCCCUCAAGAUUGUCGUGGCAGUCUCGCCGAAGGGGCAAGAGUUGCUGCGGAAAGAGGUUGAACAGUCAGCGACGACGAGGAGGACAGGUCCUCCUCAGCUGAAGUCUCCCUCCGCGAGAAGCACGUCGACUUUGCAGAUCGCUGCGAGAGCCUCGGCGGAGCCGAAGAGAGCAAAAACCGUCGCGAGGCCAGCCGAGAAGCUGAUCAUCAGCAAGGAGUCCUUGCGCUCGGUGUCGUCAACUUGUUCCGAGGUGAGCGGCGAAGUGAACAAGAGGAAGCGGCCGCGCGAGAAGCCGCAGACCAUUGUGAAGACUCCGAUGAAGAAGCCGGAGACGAUACGCGUUGUCGUGAACGGCAACAGGAAGAGGCUAGAGUCGAAGAGGAAGUCACGGAAGGACAAGAACGGCGACGAGCAAGUGGACGCGAGCAAGCCGCCUUUGGACGGCUGGAAGGAGACGAUCGAGAUGAAGGAUAUCAAGCUGCUGAGGAAAGUGGAGAAGAAAGUGCUGUCGAGUGUUCCCCAACACGAACUCCCCAAGGAUCAGAUCGCUCCGUUGACCGUGGAGGAGAUCAGGAGGCACCAGGAGGCAACGCGCACGGAUACUUUCUUCCAGCAUCUCUUCCUGCCGAGAAACUCUCCGUCGCCCACGCCGCACGCCCACGCGACCAUAAAGAGAUCCCUCGUCGGCGAGCGCACAAAGAUGUUGCAGGACAUCGCGAAGGAGAGCUAUAGGUCGGAACCGUCGCUCAAGUCCCUCAGCGUGUACCUCGCGCACAAGCGGCCGGUCUCAAACUCCAAGUUCAAAAACUGGGAGCGCGAGAGUGUUUCGUCCAGAAGUUCCAGUCCGUACGGGGUCUGCUGGCCUGGUAGGUCGGUUCUGCGGAAGGUGAGCAAGUUCGACAGCCUGCUGGGCAUCGACGAGUUUGGCUCCUCUGCCACGCUGCGCAAUCGAAGCCCAGAGUUAUCGUGGGAGCAUGUGAAGGAGCGAAGUCUGAGCGAGCCACCUUUAAAGACCUUGCCAGAAUCGAGGGAGUCCUCCUCGCGAACCUCCUCACCGUCUCCGGCGAGACCUCAGACGCAGCCUCGACGAGCUCGUGUUUCCAAACAGGACGAGCCGGAGCAAGCUCCGCCGGCGAUCAGCCCGAAGAAGAUCCGAGCCAGGAGCGCGGGUGAAGCGGACGAAGCUAAGAGACUCGGCUCGACUUUGUCGUUGACGAAGAGCACUGGCUCCACGUCAUCGAUCGACCGCGAAGACUAUCAACAGUACAUACUCGAGCUGCUGCAUUACAGACGCAAGUCGAAGCGGUACAAGGACCUGCGCGACUUCUACGCGAGUCUGAGCAGGAUGGGUCAAUUGGAGCGCACAUUCUCUUCGGGGGAGUUGCGACCGAGGAUGAGGAACGAGGAGAUCAUCGAUUACGACCGCUGGAAGCAGGUGAGGACGAAGGAGAAGGCUGAGGAGGAAUUGAAGGCGCUGUAUGGGAAGCUGAGGACCGUCCAGCGCGACAAGGAUUUUCUCUUCACCGUGAGGGACGUCGAUAAGUUCAAGUGGCACGGCGACUGUGGUCUACGCUGCAAGGAGCGCUCCGUGGAGGACAUCCUGCAGUACUUUAAGAAACUCGAGAGCGAGGAAAGCGAGCUGGAGUCUUCCAAGAGGAGGACCAUUUCGUCGCAAAAGGACACGUACAAGCCUCUCUGGCGAGGCAGCUCGGUGGUGAACGUGGCGACCACGAUGCAGAAGAAGGCCAACGCCGGUCAGGACGCGGACAAGUCCGCGGAACACCCGUCGCUGCAGCGAAGUCUCGGCGGUAGCAAGAAGUUCUGGAGCAGCUUGUCCAUCGAACAAGUGGCCACCUUGAAGAAGCAACUGAACGAGAUCUAUGGCAGCGACGUUCCUCAGAAAGCAGGGUCGCGGUCGAACACGAGUGAGGUUGUCGACGCGCCUCGCGAGAUCAACGAGGACGAACGAUCCGUAAAAGAACGCCACGAGGAAGAGGAAGAUCGGCACGAAACCUUGUCGAGCUACGAGAUAGUCGUGCCGCCCGAGAGCGACUCCAGCGGACGUCCUCAGGCCUACUCGAAGGGCCUCCAUGUACGAUGCCACUCGAUGAUCACGAGCAGCGAGUCGGAAAUGUUGCUGAAGGAACAGAGGUCGGAUGCGAUCAGGAUCGAAAGCUCGACUAUGAAGAAGAGCGAUUCCAUCGGACGUCUGAAGGGCCUGGAGAGAUCCGAGUCGGACAAGUCGAUGUCACCGACCAUGUCCGAACUGGAGAAGAAGCGGCUGUCGUUGACCCUCGGCAAGGAGGUUCUGGACAAGGUGACGCGACGUCGACUGUCUGCGCCAUUGGCGCCUCGAGAAACCCGCGGCAGCAUCGCUGCUGCCUUGGCGGCUACGAAGACGCCGACGAAGCCUCCCGCGAAGAACAUCGCGAAGACAAUUUGCCCGUCCGCCACGUCCAGUAGCGUGGCCAGUACUUCGCCGAGAACCUGCUACUCCCUGGAAGCUCCGUGCGCCGACGAGGCGACGAGGCUCAAGGACAAGAGCGACUUCCUGCUGGUGUUGACGCCCAACAACGAGAGCGCCAGCGACAAGCAACGCGUGGAGACCGUGCUCGAAGAGUGGUCGAAGAGGCCGCCGUUGCUGGCGAUGGCGGUGGCCAAGGAUGUUUCUAGCGCGAGAACAGGCAGGUUCCCGUCGGGUAGCGACGCGGACAGCAUGACGGAGAGCUCGGAGACCUCGGUGAGGACGGUGAUCCAACGGAACGUCGAGACGGAAGACGUGUCACGGAAGAUCGAAUUUUUCGAGAAGGUCGACAGAAGAGGGGAACGGCAGCGCGAAGCAUCGACUCUCAUGGUGGCGGCGGCGGCGGCGGCGGCGGCGGCGACGACAACAUCAACAUCGUCGUGCCGCGGCAGGUGGAAGAAGCUAUCGUCGUCGCAGAGCUUCGCCGACCUGAAAGAGUUGUUCGGCGAGACCGAGUCGGCCAAGUACAGCGGCCCGAGCGCCGCGUCCAGGAUCAUCGAUCCAGGAUCGCGAUCGACGUCACCGAGGGAGAGAACAGUCGAGAACGUACGGAGAGACGCUCGCAGCCCGACGCUGUUGGACGCGAGCGGCGGCACGCGACGACAAUCGUUGCGCUCCUGUUCACGGGAGCGUGAACACGACAGACCGCACAGCGUCAGUCCGUGUCGCGCGACCACGCGAUCGAACUCGUCCUGCAGCCUGGACAGCGGCUGGCUACGCAGUUCCUCGCCGGACCCCGACAAGUACUGGCGCGCUUACCUCAAGCUCGUACGGAACGGCACCGUGCGCCGGCUGCGGGCGAGGUUCGAGAGCGCGGAGGACCUACCGCGGCGCGUCAAGGUCGCGCCGGCACCCAAGCGCUUCCGCAGCGACCCGGAGUUGGCGAGGAGUCUGCUGAAGAAAGUGAGCGAGGAGGACCGUUCCGCCGCUGCCGCCGCCGCCGCCGCCGUGCCGAAGCCGCACGAGCAUGCCGACGUAGCUUGGCUGCGCAGGCGGUUCGAAGGUGGUAAGAGAGGACGACCGCGACGAAGAGGCGAGUCGCCGCCGAUUCCGCGGAUGCCGCUGCGCCGGGAGAACCUGUCGAUGCCGCACAUCGACGUCAUCAGCAAGACCGCCGAGCUGAAGGAGCCCACCGUCACCAGCACCGUCACCAACCACGUGGCCAGGCAAGCGGAAACUAAGGAGCUCGAGGCGAAGAGGCCGGUUUGCCGGAUGCGGAAGAGAUUCGAGUCGCCGGACGCCGGGCGCCGGACUUCCAUCAUAGGCGAGAUGUUCACAUCGGCGCCGGACGUGCGCGAGCUUCGCGACAUCGCGCCUUACUUGGCCGGCCGGUGGGUGGCUCAUCGCUUUCCGAAUCGUCGCGACAACAUGCGCUCCUUGUCGUCGCCGGCCGAUCUCGAGCUCCACCGGGGCUCUACGAGGACCUCCGACUCGUCCUCAGGUAGCAAGAAGAAAACGGAGCGGCCGCGAGCCACUUCGUCGUCGCCGACGCGCCCGCGAGCCCCAGCGUCGAUCCUCAAACCAUCGCAGACCAUCUUCGCCGGGCAACACUUUGACCCCGACAAGCACCGACCGAGGUUCAGGUACCAACCGCCGCCGCCACCGCCGUCGCCCACCGCUGGACGAAGACACAGAACUCUGUGGCCGACCUUGCCCGUCUACACGGCGCGCCCGACCGUCACCUUCGAAGAAUACUCGAAUGCACCCCCGCCGCCGCCAAAAUCCCAGCACUGCAGGGACGAUCGCCAAGAAUCGCCGAGGCGUUAUGUGGAGGGUGAGGUAACGAUUCACUAUCGCUCGCCGGUGCGCACAGAGGCGAAGGAGCCGUUGAGCGAGGAGGAACUCGCGCGCCGAAGCGCGGAGAACAUGCGGCGCGUCUACCAGGAGGAACGUCGUCGCAAGUACCUUCAGGAGUUGCACGACAUCGACUCCCGCAGGCACACGGACAACUUCAUACCCUCGCAGAAGUCGCCCAUACCUUUGAAUCGCUACGACGACUUCGUGGACGAUUUAAGUCAGCGAAGUCGAUCUCAAGAUCAAACGCCCGAGCCGCGUUUGGUGGCGAGAGCCCUUUACAAUUUUGUCGGCCAGUCGUCGCGGGAAUUGACUUUCCGGCGCGGCGACAUCAUAUUUGUCCGACGACAGGUGGACAAGAACUGGUACGAGGGCGAGUACAAUGCCAUGAUCGGACUGUUUCCCUUCAACUACGUCGAGAUUCUACCGUACGAUGGCAUGCGAACGACACCGAAGAAGGCCCACGAGGGACAGGCACGAGCCAAGUUCAACUUUGUCGCUCAGACUAAUCUGGAAUUGUCCUUAGUGAAGGGCGAACUGGUGGUGCUGACUAGAAGAGUCGACGAAAAUUGGUACGAGGGGCGCAUAGGAAACCGCAAGGGCAUCUUUCCCAUUUCCUACGUCGAAGUCAUCACGGAGCCCGGACAUCGAUCAGAGACACCGAUCCAGAGCAAACCGGUGGCCUCUCCAGCGGCGCACAGCCUUUUGGCGAAUGGCUCUUCUGGAGGCAAGAUGAGUAUGGGACCCCAUCAUUACGUGCCGUCCAUCCCGGUCAAUAUAAACACAACCCAGCCCCAUUAUAAUUCACUGCCACGAAUGGGCGGAAGCAAGCUGCAUGUGUCGCAGCUCAGCGAGACUCUACACAUCGACACACACUCGGAACCGAUCCCAUACCGGGCGUUGUACAACUACAAACCGCAGAAUGAGGACGAGCUGGAGUUGAAGGAGGGUGACACGGUAUACGUGAUGGAGAAAUGCGACGACGGCUGGUACGUCGGCUCCAGCCAGAGGACCGGUUACUUCGGCACCUUCCCGGGUAACUACGUGGAACGAUUGUGAGGAAGGCCGGCGAUCCAGGACUUGGACGCAUCGCGUAUCAAGGCCCGGGAUAAUCUUUACCAAAGCACUAGACGGGAUCGUUAAGAUAUACAUGACAGACCGAAUUUCAGCGUUUAACCCGAUCGCUCCUGGCAACGACAAGUCGUUCUCGGCAACCUCGAGCGUGACACCGGAGACUUUCGCAAGUUCUCACGUCACGGUCUCCGUCGGUAAGACACUUUCGCAGAAGCGGAUCCCUAUACAGUAAUUUCUAAUCUUUUUAUCAAGGUUAAGUGCAAAGAAUUUUCGAUCGUCAUCCGUACUGUUGCGACGUCUCCGACAAACGCUAAUCUCACGAUGAUUACUGUCUCUCGUUACGUUUGUGGCUCUAACGAUCUUAUUAGACGCGUGAAUCGCGCUAGGACGCGAAUUGCUAGGGUGAUUUUAGUUUGACGGCUCUUAUGCUUCGGUAAUUAUUCAGACUUUGUAAUAAGUGCACGCGACAUUCGCUAACACGCAUCGGUUUGCAAAUUUAGAUAUUUUCAGUACAUCGUCUUUGUAUUCGACUGCUCUAACAGAGAUAUCUAUCUUCGAGACGGGAUACGAGAUCGACUGGUUUCUCUUUGGAAACGUAAUAAUACGUAAUUUCAUAUAGCACACCGUGCAUAAUACAACGAAUGAGGGUCCUAAUUAGAUCCACACGAAUGCCAACGUCACAUUAACAUCUAUCUCUCGAAUCGAACGUUUACGGUAGAAAAGUUACGCGCUACGUCACUCAUCUUAUCGUCCUGGUAGACGGACAACUCAUUAGACGAGAGGAUUAAGAGUGUAUACGUAGCAUGGAAGUAACAAACGUCACAAGAGUCUUCCUUUUUUGGGUCUAGCGACGAUGUUAUCGAUAA